AUGGAGAACGGCUCGGGAGCAGCGCUGGGCGGCAGCGGCAACCAGAGCCUGGGUAGGAUGCCCCGGCAGCCCCUGGAGCUGCAGGUGGUCACCAUCCUGCUGGUGCUGCUCAUCUGCGGGGUGGGCAUCGCGGGCAACGCGAUGGUGGUGCUGGUGGUGCUGCGCGCCAGGCACAUGGUGACCCCCACCAACUGCUACCUGGUGAGCCUGGCGGUGGCCGACCUCAUAGUGCUGCUGGCGGCCGGGCUGCCCAACAUCUCCGAAGUGGUGGCUUCUUGGGUGUACGGCUACGCCGGCUGCCUCUGCAUCACCUACCUGCAGUACCUGGGCAUCAACAUCUCCGCCUGGUCCAUCGCUGCCUUCACGGUGGAGCGGUACAUCGCCAUCUGCCACGCCAUCAAGGCGCAGCUCCUGUGCACCGUGUCCCGCGCCAAGCGCAUCAUCGCCUCGCUGUGGCUCUUCACCUCCCUGUACUGCCUCAUGUGGUUCUUCCUGGUGGACACGACCCAGGUCACCUUCUCGGACGGGGCGCAGGUCAGCUGCGGCUACCGGGUCUCCAGAAGCCUUUACCUGCCCAUUUACUUCUUGGAUUUUGCCGUCUUCUACGUCAUCCCGCUGGGGCUGGCGACCGUCCUCUACGGCCUCAUCGCCCGCAUCCUCUUCGUGAGCCCCCUGCCCGCCGCCCCGCAGCGUUCCUGCCCGGGCUCCGUGCACCAGGGCACCUCCCUGCAGCUCUCCUGCCGGGCCAACAAGGGGGCCCUGAGCUCCCGCAAGCAGGUGACCAAAAUGCUGGCUGUCGUGGUGGUGCUCUUCGCCCUGCUGUGGAUGCCUUACCGCACGCUGGUGGUGGUGAACUCCUUCAUGGACCCGCCCUACCUCAACACCUGGUUCCUCCUCUUCUGCCGCCUGUGCAUCUACCUGAACAGCGCCAUCAACCCCAUCAUCUACAACCUGAUGUCCCAGAAGUUCCGGGCUGCCUUCAGGAAGCUGUACAAGUGCGAGGAGAAGCGCGCUGAGCACCCUGCCCCGUGCGCCGUCCCCGUGUCCUACAGCGUGGGGAAGGACUGCUCCCACCACAGCUCUGACCACAGCACUCCCCAGCAAGGGGACCUCAGCAGGCUCCCUGGGCCUGCAAAGAAGAGCAGGCAAAUCCUGGGACCCUGAAAGGAUGCAGGCUGUCCAGCUGUGUUGGGAAAACGCCGAGGGAAAUGGCUUUGGCGCUGGCAGCAAGCUGCGUUUAACAAACACUCCUGCAGGGCAUUUCACAAAGCACAUCGUUAAAGGCGAAUCAGUCGGGCUUUCCCUUCACGCUAAUUUGUUCUUGUUUGGUGAAGUGUUUGGCACAGGUCGGUGUUUAGCAUCUUUAAAGCAUCUCUUGUAAAUACAGCAGUGCCAUUCUGUGUUACCAGUUGCUUGUUGAGCUGGGCCAAAGCGUUGAAAGGAAAACCCGGGAAGAGAAGAACAUUCAAGGAAAUAAGAAAACAACCUCUUUUUGCUGGAGCCAUUUUCUUAGAGAGUGAGACUCUCCCACCCAAAUUUACAUGCCUCUGGCACAGACACCCCAUGGGAGCUGCUUCUCCAGAGCCCUUUUGGAGUUAAUGGGGACAAUUAGGCACUUCUAAGCAGUGUCUCCUCUCA